GCAAAAGGAUUAUUGUGAGUAGGUUGUACAAUCUAUUUUGCUUUGGGUCCAUUCUUUCCCGCUUCAUACUUUCAUACAAUUGAAUCGAACAACUAAAUAUCGAAUUUACUGAAAUAUGGCAACUUCUUCGGAGGAGGAACAGAUCGUACAACAGUACAACCGUCUUCGGCAGGAGCAGAGCACGAUUAUGUCGCGUAUCGCGGAGCUGGAAAAUGAAAGCCACGAGCACGAGCUCGUCGCGGAGGAGCUUCGCCCGCUCAACGUCGAUCGCUGCUGCCAUCGUUUGGUUGGCGGCGCGCUCGUGGAGCGGACGGUGGGAGAGGUGCUGCCGGAGAUUGAACAGAACCUGACGGCAAUACGCGCGGCGUUAUCGCAGCUGAAUAAGGGCCUCACCGAGAAGGAAAAGCAGAUGGAUGAGUUCAUCGCGCUGCAUAAGCUUAGCCGCCCAGGCGGUGUGGGAGCGAAGGAUGAUAAGGUUUCCUCGAACGCGGCCGCUGGGGGAAACAACCGUGGUGUUUUGGCAUAAGCCUCGGCGUCUAUGUUGAUUUCUAAAGACUAACAAUGGGAGUGAACCAAGUUUGUUUAUUUAUUUAUAUAUUUUAAGAAAUUGGAGCCUCGAAGAUCGAUGCAAAUGGGCUGCACAGUCGCAGUAAGGAAACUAAAAAUAAAUGCAAGCCUUUUCCCUUCCUCUGAUAAGGCAAUGCAUAUUUACCCCCCUCUUCCCUCCCCCGUCCCUUCCUAUCGGAUGAAGAUGAUGAUGAUGAGUGGUUUGUCUUUCGUCUCUGGUUUAGUAAAAUUGUGAAGUGGAACCUCCCACAAGCAUCUGCAUGAGGAAUUCGUACGAGGAGAGAAAUAACGGCAGUGCAUGCAACCUUUCCCUGCAUCGACUUUAACAUAUUUGUAAAGGCUGACUCUUUUUCUCUGGUGAGUCGAUCGAAA